AUGACAAGACUCUGGGGGUCCUGCAUGCUUCUGCUCACCCUUCUGGUGGCCCUGGUGGCCAGCACAGACCCAGACAAAAAUAAGAUCAAGCUCUUAAGGGAAUUAAAAGUUAUCGAUGCCUCAAAUGCCAAUGUGAAGCAGUGUCUGUGGUUUGCCAUGCAAGAGUACAACAAAGAGAUUGAAGAUAAAUACAUUUUCCAGGUGGUCAAGAUAGUGAGAGUCCAGCUUCAGGUCACUGACCAUUUGGAAUACUUUAUUGAUGUUGAAAUAGCCCGCAGCAGUUGCAGAAAGCUUUCAAAUAAUAGUGAAAACUGUGUCAUUCAAGAAAACUCCAAACUGGAAAAGAAAGUAAUGUGCAGAUUUUUGGUUGGAGCACUCCCUUGGAAUGGAGAUUUCACUGUGAUGAAAAUGCAGUGCACAGAUACCUAA